CGCUGUUUGCUAGCUACUGCACGAGCUUUUGGUGUAUCCACCCAGGGUGCUUGUCUUUGUGUCGUAGUUACCGAAGAGGUGUCUGCGCUUCGACGUUUCGUUAUUCCUUGUGGAUAUACCUAGGGAAAUACUGAUCAAAUACAGUAACAGGUCUUCUGUUGCACUGUAAGAUAUUUAGUAUUAUUUUAUUAGUUUUCAUUACAGAAUGGAGUACAAAGGUUUUGCUCAGAUUCAACUACUGUUCACCGUUCUUGUCCUUUUGACUCGCGCUACCGAUGGGGAUGUCAGCUAUUCCAUUCAAGAGGAAAUGAAACAGGGAUCCGUGAUUGGGAAUAUAGCUAAGGAUCUUGGACUUACAGUGAAUAUGUUGUCAGCUCGGAAUGCCCGCAUUGAUGCAGAAAGUAAUCGGAAACAUUACAGCAAUGUCAACAUCAAAACUGGAGAUUUAAUCGUAGCCGAGAGGAUUGACCGAGAUGGUCUUUGUGGAAAGAAGGCUUCGUGUGUUUUGAAACAAGAGCUUGUGCUGGAAAACCCUUUGGAAUUGCAUCGUGUCAGUCUUCAUGUUCAAGACGUAAACGACAAUUCCCCUCAUUUUAAAAAGGAUGUGAUUGAGUUAGAAAUUGCAGAAUCGGCCGACAAAGGCGCUCGAUUCUUAUUGGAGGAGGCGCAUGAUGCGGACAUCGGACAGAAUGCAGUGGAAAGCUAUACUUUACAAAGUAACGACCAUUUUACAUUAAGUGUUCAGAGCAAUAGUAUUGGAGGCAAGUACAGCGAGUUAAUAUUGAAUAAAGAGCUUGAUCGUGAGCAACAACAGGAGCUGACGUUAGUUCUAUCAGCUAUUGAUGGCGGGGUACCACCGAGAUCAGGCACUGUAGCUAUACACGUAACCGUGCUGGAUGCAAAUGACAAUGCUCCUGUUUUUAGCCAGUCUGUUUAUAAAGUCAGUCUACCUGAAAACUCUCCCUUAGACACGGUAGUGGCGACAGUGAGCGCUACUGACGCCGAUGUUGGAGCAAAUGGAGAGGUACGUUAUGAAUUUGGUCACGUGUCGGAGGAAGAUUUGAAAUUGUUUUCUUUAGAUCCUGUAAGUGGGGAAAUUCGAGUAACUGGACCGGAUUGAUUUUGAGGAAGAGUCGUCAUAUGAGUUGAGAGUGCAGGUGAAGGAUGGAGCUGGCCUGGUGUCGUAUUGUACUGUGAUA